GCUCUCCACGCCGGUGAACCCCUCCACAAGUUUAACCUGGAAAAACCGUCCUGUGACUGAAGAGAAGGAGGAAAUAGUGUGACUGUUGUUCGGGAAGAGACGACACUACAGUUUAAAGACGAUAAUAGUUUUUAUUUUACCCUCCAGAAGAGAAGAGGAGACCAACUGAGUGAGCGCUGACUGUAGCCGUGUUGUCCUGGGGGAGUCGUUUUUGUUUGGGGUUAACCUCACUGUGAAUACCACUGCCGCGUUUUUUAUUUCUUCAGCUCGGAGGAGAGUGUUUGAAAAAUAUUAUCAAAUUCUUCCAGUCUGACGUGUUUAAGUCAGCUGGCUUAAGCUGUGAUGAGGAGGGGAUUGAACAGCGGUGGAGCGGCAGACGGAGACAGAGAAAGCUAAGCUCAUCUCAGCGACCACCGACCACAGCGUCGACCACUAACACAGGCUGCUCGUUGCAGUGAGUCAGUAUCAUGGAGGCAGGCAGCGGGGCUGCCGCAGCGGUGGGGAGUACAGCGCUAGGACUGCUGGGAGCCACAGCCACGUCCAGUCAUGACAUCUUGGACAGGGGUCUGAGGUCUGGACGUCACCUGGAGGACGACGAUAUUGUGCCUGAGCUGGCUUAUAUCCACCCCAGAGAGAGACCAGACUGGGAGGAGACCAUCAGUGCCAUGGCGAGGAGUGCAGAGAUCCCCGAGCUGCGGGCCGAGCCCCUCAUGCGCUCCUGCAGCAGCAGCACGGCCAGCAUGAAGGUCAAGAAUGUCAAGAAACUCUGCUUCACUAAGGGACACUUCCCCAAGCUGGCAGAGUGCGCUCACUUCCACUACGAAAACGUCGACUUUGGCACAAUUCAGCUCUCACUCGGGGAUGAACAGUGUGAAGUGACGCGGAACGGCUUCGAGUCCAAGGAGCUGGUCUACCUGGUUCACAUUUACUGCCAGGGUCGGAGCUGGAUCGUGAAGCGCAGCUAUGAAGAUUUCCGUGUCCUGGACAAACACCUGCACCUCUGCAUCUACGACAGACGUUUCUCCCAGCUGCCCGAGCUGCCUCGAUUGGACAGUCUGACGGAUCAGUCAGAGUCAGUUUCCCAGAUGUUGUUGGCUUACCUCUCCCGGCUCUCAGCCAUCGCUGACAACAAGAUCAACUGUGGACCGGCCCUCACAUGGAUGGAGGUCGACAAUAAAGGGAAUCACCUGCUGGUCCAUGAAGAGUCGUCGAUCAACGUGCCAGCCAUCGCUGCUGCUCACGUCAUCAAGCGCUACAUCGCCCAGGCUUCAGAUGAGCUCUCCUUCGAGGUCGGAGACAUCGUGUCUGUGAUUGACAUGCCCCCUAAAGAAGACACCACAUGGUGGAGAGGCAAACAUGGCUUCCAGGUCGGCUUCUUUCCCAGCGAAUGUGUGGAGCUCAUCAAUGACAAAGUGCCGCAGUCCAUGACCAACACGGUGCCUAAACCAGCCUCCCCCUGCUCUGGCCUGCAGCCCGCUUCUUGGAGUCUCUUCCCUCCCUACUUGGAGAUGGAGAGUGUAAUACAGGACAAUGCAUGGGUGGCCGACCCGCUAAACCACUACAGCAUAAGUUCAGUGUCUAAGAAGCACGGCAAGCUGAUCACCUUCCUGCGCACCUUCAUGAAGUCCCGGCCCACCAAGCAGAAGCUGAAGCAGAGAGGCAUCCUCCGGGAGAGGGUGUUCGGCUGCGACCUCGGAGAACACCUCCUCAACUCGGCACACGAUGGUGAGGAAUACAAAGUGCCCCAGGUCCUCAAGAGCUGCACCGAGUUCAUCGAGAAGCACGGUGUGGUGGACGGCAUAUACCGCCUCUCUGGAAUCGCCUCAAAUAUCCAAAAGUUACGACACGAGUUUGACUCGGAGCAGAUCCCUGACCUGACCAAAGAUGUUUACAUCCAGGACAUCCACUGCGUCGGAUCGCUGUGUAAGCUCUACUUCAGAGAGCUGCCCAACCCCCUGCUCACCUACCAGCUCUACGAGAAAUUCUCUGAGGCUGUAUCAGCAGCCACAGACGAGGAACGACUCAUCAAAAUCCAUGAUGUCAUCCAGCAGCUUCCUCCGCCGCAUUACAGGACCCUGGAGUUCCUCAUGAGGCAUCUCUCCCACCUGGCAGCAUUCAGCUACAUCACCAACAUGCACAGCAAGAACCUGGCCAUCGUCUGGGCCCCCAACCUGCUCAGGUCCAAACAGAUUGAAUCCGCAUGCUUCAGCGGCACAGCAGCCUUCAUGGAGGUCAGGAUCCAGUCUGUGGUGGUGGAGUUUAUCCUGAACCAUGUGGACGUUCUCUUCAGCUCUAAACUGAGCUCUCUGAUCCGAGAGGGAGCAGGUCACAACUCGCUGUCGCGGCCCAAAUCCCUACUGGUUUCAUCUCCGUCCACCAAACUCCUGAGUCUGGAGGAGGCCCAGGCCCGGACCCAGGCUCAGAUCAACUCUCCAGUCACUGAGGACAGCAAGUACAUUGAGGUUGGAGAGGGUCCGGCAGCCCUGCAGGGCAAGUUCCACACCGUCAUCGAGUUUCCCACUGAGAGGAAGAGACCUCCUAUUAAAUCCAAGAAGUCCCCUGUGGGGAGUUGGCGAUCUUUCUUCAAUCUGGGAAAAUCUUCCUCCAUGUCCAAACGUAAGCUGACCAGGAACCCCAGCGAGCCAAACGAGCUGAAGGCCAUGGCUCUGGCUGGAGGAAGAGGAGACACAGCAACAUUAAGAUCAGCUAAAAGUGAAGAGUCUCUGAGUUCACUGCACAAUGUUGAAGGAGAGUCUAAGGUGUACCGUCCUCGGCGGCCGCGCUCUAGCAGCGACGCCCUCUCGGCCUCCUUUAACGGCGACCUGCUGGACAGCCGACAGCACUGCAACUCCUACGACAAUCUGGACGGCACAGAGGACAGCGACGGAGACGACGGGCCCAUCUGUGUGCCUGCCCUCAUCUCACCUCCGCGCUCAGCGGGUGAAGAUGUGGACCUCAGCCCGCCUGACAUCGGCAUGGCCUCCCUGGACUUUGACCCCAUGUCUUUCCAGUGCAGCCUCCCCGACACGUCGUACGCCUUCCCUCUAGACGACUCUCCGGCCGGGGCCGAGGGCUCCACGUUAAAGAGGAGUCCAGGCAGUAAGAGCAAUGGCUCUGACCUCAUGUCUGCCAGCUUCCUCGGCAGUCUGACCUCGCCUUUACUGUCCGGAGACUUCUGCUACAGAGAGAAGAUAGAGAGCAAGAAACUGACCACUUCUUAUUCUUACACUGAUAAACCUACACAGGCUGUGUCACCCAUCAAAUGUGCAAAGACCACCAGUCUGACACCGUUAGCCACUUCAGAGCUUUUCAGUGUAGAGAAGCCUGACGACAGGAACACAGCUGCACACCCUGUCUCUUCUCAACCGUUAUCUCCUCCUGCAGCAGCCAAGGACUCUCCUCCACUGAUGGGCAGCGUACUGCUGAGGGCAGCCGAGCCUUCGCUAAGUGAGGCUUUCCAAAUGGAGCUGCACUCUAAGCUGGCAACCUUUGACAGUGUGGACAGUCAAGAGUUGAAGGGAGACGACAGCGUGCAGCAGGAGCCAGCUGCCAGCAGCCAGGAGCAACAAGGAGUCGUAGCUCCGGACUCUUCAAAGGACCUCACCCCUCGUUUCCUCAGCUCUACAGCUCCCUCUGCUGCCCCUCCUCCUCCCCCGCCUAAAAACGCUGCCCGCAUGUUGGCCCUGGCCCUCGCCGAGUCUGCCCAGCAGGUCUCCGUUCAGUCUCAGUUCAGGUCCUCUGAGCCCCCCACACCAGUGUCUCCUCUGCAGACACAUGAGGAGUCUGACCUCCUGGGGGUGGCACAUCCAAAGGUCCAACAUUUCCAGACUUCCUCAGAGGACGGAGCAGAGAGGGAAAGUUCUCUGCCUCCAAAUAGCACUGCUCCGACUGUCACCACAACCUCAUCAUAUCCCUCCGCUUCCAGUCCUGCAAUCAAGCUGCAGCCUCUCGAGUUAACCAGCACAAUAACCAAACUACCAGACAGUGCCAAGUCCUCCACAACUCCACUUGGCCCUCACCCAGACACAGACUCCAGCUCAACUGACACUACUCUCUACAAGUGUGUCCCUCUCCCUAGUUCAACCAGUCUAUCUUCUCCAACAAGGAAGAGUCCAGAGAGGCAGCAGUCAGUCCCAGCACACGUCCCAGUCCACAUCCCAGUGCACGUCCCAGUGCACGUCCCAGUCCACGUCCCAGUCCACGUCCCAGUGCACGUCCCAGUCCACGUCCCAGUCCACGUCCCAGUCCACGUCCCAGUCCACGUCCCAGUCCACGUCCCAGUCCACGUCCCAGUACACACCAACUCCUCCAGCAACACUCCAGCAACCACGCCGAGUGGCAGCCGCAAAGACACCAGAGUCUUACCCCAGCCUGUCCCUGAGGUCAAACCAGGUGAGACUUCACCUCGUCCAAUCCUCCCAAAACCAUCAGAUCAGCCUCCUCCCAUAAAGCCCAAAAGGCAGGCGCUGUCCCAGCAUCAAACUCAGACUCAGCAGCAGAGCCAGGCUCAGAUUCAGGCUCAUCUUCAAACACAGUCUAAUUCUCAGCCUCAUCCUCCAUCACAGCCUAACACACAGCCUCAGACACCAGCCCUCCCCCAAACCCACACUCAGCCCCCCUCGAAGGCCAGCGCCAGAGUGGCCCCCACCUCUGCUGAGCCUGUGGAGAAGCCCUGGGAGGCCAUAAAGCCGGUUCAGCCCUGCACAGAGCCAGUUAAGUACCACGAAGUGUACGGACCUCCAGCCCCCCCUGUCCGCACUAUCGAGAGCAAACUGGCCACAGCAGCACUCAGCCAAAGUGAAGCUUCCUACCACGUCCUCGCUGAGGGUCCUACUCCUGGUCAUCUGGAGGAAGCUCUGCCUCAUCACCCUCCAUCUCCUCGCAAAUCUUCCACACACCAACCGGCCUACCUUUACCACGCUAAAGCAGAACCGGUCUUAAUGGAGCCUCCAGGAGCCGCCUACUACCACCAGAGGCCAGUUCCUCUCGGCCCCCAGACCAUGCCACACCACUACAGGCCCGACAGUGUCCCCCCACACCUCUCCUUCGUGUCCAAAUCUGAGCCUCAGAUCCCUUACAGUGCCCGAGUGGACAACAGGUACAGCACUUUAGGCCCGCGGUCUUACCAUCACUCGAUUAAGUCCAGAGGAAACUCCCGCGGUGUGUACGUUUCUCCAGGGCCGGGGCAUCAGGGUUACAGCCACGACAGAACACACGGCUACCCAACCAUCCGCAGGGUGCACUCGCUUCAUGUCCCCUCCACGAUCCGUACUGUGCCCAUCCAGAGGACUGAAGUCCCGCCAGAUGAUGAAAUCUUCUUCUAUCACAGACCCGUCUACCCCUGCAAAGCCUACCAGCAGCCUCCGCAGCAGCAGCAGCCCCCACAGCAGCAGCAGCAGCAGCAGCAGUCCUCACAGGGCGACUACCACGUCACCCAGCUGCAGCCUUACUUUGAGAACGGACGAGUUCAGUACCGCUACAGUCCCUACUCUGGUUCAGGCCCCGUGGAGGCACCUUACUACGACAUCGACCCCUAUGGCACCAUCCGAGUCCGCCACUUCCACUCCAGAGAUCCAGGAGCCGCUGCAGGUCGACCAGGUGGAAAGGCGACCGGGUACCACUAUCUCGCUCGCCAUGUUCUCCCGCCGGGGAAGGAGCACAGCUUUGUAAGCAGGGACAUGCCACCUGGACAUGCAAGCAUGGAGGCUCCAGCUUACCUCUCUUGGGAUCCCGAGGAGUCAGAGAGGCUUCGCUUUCAGUCCAUCCGCAGAGAGAGCCGGGCCCGACAGAAGGUCAAAGGCCCUGUCCUCUCUCAGUAUGACAACGUGGGCCUGUUUGCCCCUGCAGAUAUAUCGGGCUAUGAAAUGCUGCACCUGCGCAGUAAGUCCGACCCAGGUAAAGCUGUGCUGGCUGCAGCUGAGAGCAAAGAUGGACGCUACCUCCCCAGACAUAUGACAUCAGACCCUGAUGUCGUCCUGUACAUGGAGACUGACAAGCAUGUCCAGGGAGACAGGUCGGAGGGACUUGCCAAGCAAAGCACUUCCAAGAAAUGUCAAUCCUCCCACUCCUUUCCUUCUUCUCUGAGCCACAGUCUCUCCCACCAGCAGGAGAGCAGUCGACACGAUGCCAAGCCUGCAGACGACAAGCAGGGCACAGACGGAAGCAGGUCCAAACACUGGCAGCAGGAGUAUCCCAGCAAGAGGAGCUUUACACCGCGGUACGAGUGUCCCGAUUCUGACCACAAAGGGAAGAGUGGAUACCACAGUACAGAAGAGCAGCCGUCUGACCCCAGGGAUCAACAUGCCCAUUCCAAACCCGAGCGAUCCCACAGCGUCAGGGAGCCACCGCACUACAGCAAACCUGAGCCAGACAGAGACUACUCCUAUCAGAAACACAGCAGCAAAGCGGCUCAGUCCCACUAUGACAACCUGGACGAUUAUCGGCCAGUACCUCAGCCACAGGCCCCGCUUCACAAACGGGGAGGCUCUGGCUCGUAUCCAGGCCCAGGGUUCUCAGUGAGCCAAAAUAACAGAGCGUACUCCACCGCGCUAGGCCAGGGAGGCUACAUCCAGACUGACCUGGCCCUGCCCAGGCCAGAGACAGAGAUACGUACUGAAUGAAGCAUUUAACAUGAGAAAUGAUGUUUAGCUGUGUAUAAAAAGACUCUGAUGAGCUGCUGCUGAGCAGCCUCUGCAGGACAGCGGACUGUCGCAGCACCAAUAUUUUUGCUCCUCUGUAUUUUUAAUGAAUUGUAAAGAAAAAUGUCUGACUUUUUACAGAAAGCCCUGAAUGUACCUGAAGUUAUUGUCCAAAAAGUCAUAUUGUUGUGAUUGAUUGAGACAGUAGCCAGUCAUUAAUGUAUAUGAUAUGAAGACAUAAGGUACAUUUAACAGGAAAUGUAAAAUAUAUAUACUAAAUAUAUAAAUAUAUGAACAGAAUCAAUAGAAAAAAGGGGGAUUUUUAGUUGUUGUUUUUUUUUUAGGUGUGGCGCUGGGUAUAAACUGGGAUUCAUGUUUGCAUUUUAGAAAUGCAUGCACUCUCUAUCUCUUACAGAACAGUUCUGUGUACUUCACCAUCCAUUGUGUUCUUUCUGGAUUUUACAGCACAAGUUAAAGACAGGUGGUACAUGAAGGUCAUGGAGCCCUCUCUCUGCUUUAAUGUGCACAAGAAGCGAUACGAGCGUCCAUGUUUGUCUGUAAGAAUCUGACUGGGUGUGAGGUUUGUAAGGAGCUGGGAUGAAAUAGUUGACUCAUUUUAUUUUAUUUUAUUUCAUUGUCUUUUUUUCAGUGACUGUGCCAUUUUAUGUAACUUUUCUAUAAACACAUUUCAGUGACUCUAAUGGGAUGUUUUGGUACUUGUAUGUUAGGGACCAAAUGACUCGGCGCAGUUGUUGCACAUAACGGGAUAAAGAGGGGAUGAUGGAUGAAUGCCUGUUGUUCCUUUUUAGAUGUGUAAGAGUUUUUGUUUUUAUUUAAAAUUUUCCAUCACAUUGACGGUACAUUCAUGAACUGGACUGACUGAAUAAAGAUGAAAACAUUUUCCUCUCAAACGACCUGGUGAAGAACAUUUUGAACCUGCUUUGGUGGACAAGCCUUACAUUUUGUUUCUACAGGCCAGAUUUACUUUACGGUCAUCGUCAUGACGCACAAACAUUGUGAUAUCUAGAUUUCAGAUCACUUCUGAUGAGUCGACAGUUCUCAGCUGAAGGUGUCAUGAUGGGGUCAUUUGUUUUUUAUCUACUCGCUUUCUUUGGAAACAAUAAGGGAGGGAUUUUUUUUUUUAAGAAAUCAAUGUGUAGUACGCCCAUCCGGUAUUAUACAACCCCUUUGGAUCAGCAUAAUGUAUGGAUUACACUGUUUCAAAUCUGUCUUAAUCCAGGUUGUACUCUGUAACUGUUGACUUCUAUAUCGCUUGCAGGUUUCACUUCUCUUGCCUUAUCGAAAAGCCUCUUCCUUUUCAGACGGGGCGAUAAUUUAAGGCACCGUGUACUUGAAUGUGAAAACACUCUCGUCUCAAUCUAGAGGUAUCUAAAGUUAGAUAUGAAAUAAAUAAAACUGUUCAGGAACAGCUAAAAUCCA